UAUGGUCAAAACAUGGGAGAUCCUUAGACCAGAGGGUAAACAAGUGCAAAAGAAAAAGGAAAGAGAGAACUGAAAACGAAAAUUCACCAGCAUCAAUGGCUGAUGGAGAGAUGAAGCCCAAAUGUAAUUUUCUGAACUCAGCUGGUGGAACUAGACAUGGCCUCUCCCUCUGUCAUCGUUGUACAGCCCCAACUUACUGUGGCCAAUGCAUCGAGCCCCUUGUGGCAGACCGGGUUGAUGGACUGCUGCAGUGACUGUGGAGUCUGCCUAUGUGGAACAUUCUGUUUCUAUUGUCUUGAAUGUCAAGUAGCAAGUGACAUGAAUGAAUGCUGCUUGUGUGGCGGAAGCGUUGCCAUGAGGACUCUCUACCGGACAAAAUACGGAAUCCCUGGAUCCAUCUGCUCUGAUUUCUGCACUAUCCUGUGGUGUUCUGUGUGUUCUCUUUGUCAAAUAAAGAGAGAUAUUAACAGAAGGAAGAAAAUGGGGAUAUUCUAAUAAGGUGUUCCUGUAUUUCCUGACUGAUUUCAUUGUUGCAAAGCACGACUUAGCUGAAAAAAGUCAAAGGAAAGAAACAACCUCAAGUUUGUCUGCAUGUACGUGUGUUAGCUUUCACUAUUACUUCUCAAGUAUCACUGUAUGCACUAAGCUGUCUUGGAAAGAGUAUUCUCCUGUUCUUAAUAUCUUGCUAAUGCCAGUCUACUCUAGGUCUACUGUAUUCUCUCCUGACUAUUUCUGCUGCCAUCCUAUAAGAGACAGAAUAAAUGCUGAUCGUUAA